GUAAUUGAGAGCCUAAUUGAAAGUCAAUGUCAACAAGAUUUGGUGUUUUUGUUAUGAAACCUAUGAAACCAAUUGUUUGUUGUGUUUAACGCCUAAACGGAUCCCAAAAGCGAUUUAUUUUUCAUUUAUUUUUUACACACUUCUUAUAAUCACUAUUAAUAUCACCAGUGAUUGUGCUCUCGAAGCCAAGUUCAAUGAUUGGUUCAAUUCAUUGAUUACCACUCGAAGACAUCAUCACCAGUGGAAGCGAUGCUCAAACCGAAGCAAUGGUUCGGGUGGUCAUCGAAGCCCAAGAAUCCUCAUUCGUUGGAACAAUUAAAAUACCUCUAUAAUGUGAUGUCGAAGAACCAGACGGUCAGCGAACAAAACAAGACAUUACUGGUCGAGACAUUGAGGUCUGUGGCGGAGAUACUCAUAUGGGGUGAUCAGAACGACAGCACUGUCUUCGACUUUUUUCUGGAGAAGAAUAUGUUGUCGUUCUUCUUGAAGAUAAUGAAGCAAAAGUGUGGUUCCUAUGUCUGCGUACAACUCCUCCAGACGUUAAACAUAUUGUUUGAGAACAUCCGUAACGAGACAUCUCUUUACUAUCUGUUGUCCAACAAUCACGUGAACUCUAUUAUUGUCCAUAAGUUUGAUUUCUCUGACGAGGAAGUGAUGGCAUACUAUAUAUCAUUUCUGAAGACACUGUCACUUAAGCUGAAUCCGCACACAAUACACUUCUUCUUCAACGAACACACCAAUGACUUCCCGCUCUAUACCGAAGCCAUCAAAUUCUUCAAUCACUCCGAAAAGAUGGUCAGAAUAGCCGUCAGGACUCUCACACUCAACGUCUUUAGAGUGGAGGAGAAGUCAAUGUUGAAGUUCAUCAGAGACUGUACGGCAGCGCCAUAUUUCUCAAACCUGGUCUGGUUUAUAGGCAAUCAUGUCAUUGAUAUCGACAACUGUUUAAUCAAAAGUAAAUUAGACGGACUCCAAGUGUUGAUACGAUUGGAUGACUUCGUGGCCGAACAUUUAGAUCAUUUGCAUUACUUGAAUGACAUCCUCCUCCUAGACAUCAAUGACUUAAACAACGUAUUGAGUGACCAUCUGUUGAAUCGACUACUUAUACCGCUGUAUAUAUUUUCACUGAUAAACGGCAGUCAGACCACCAACACAGCCAACAGCCCCUCCCCGACCACACCAUCCAAACCACACAUCACUCAAACGGUGUCACUGUUUCUCUUCACACAAGUCUUUCUAAUUCUCUCCAAUAAGUCAUUGCUCUUGAAAUUAGUGGACAUUUUGCUAAAUAGUGACAAAACGAUCUUCGAGUGGCCGGAGUUCGUGGCGCCCAUUGAGACACUGGAGGAGUCGCUCAUACAUGCCGUCAAAGCACAUAAUAGCGAUGAAAACGACUCCGAAAACAAUGAAUACUCAAUGAAUAGCGUGGAUGAGAGGGGACAGGAAAGGGCCAGUAGUCCCACUCACGUCGCAGUACAAGUCAGUGCCAGUGAUGAACAGCAACCGGUGCUUCAAACCAAUUGCAGUGAUAGUAGUAGUCCUGUGGACUGCGAGAUGAGUCCCACCAGACAUGACAUGUCUGUGACGGACACGUCGCUGACCGACGAAGAGAAGGCCAGCCUUUCAAUGAGUCGAUCCAUAGCUAAGCAACAGUUGACGGAAAGUAAGCCGUUUUUGGAGGCGAUUCUCAACUCAUUGGACAUUGAGAGCCAAACUGACGAUCGUUUGCCACUCUUCUCGUUGUGUUUAUUGUACGCUAUUAUGAAUAACUCAGGCAUAUCUGAAGACAAGUUCAAAGACGUCGUAUUGCAUGACAUGUCCUCCAAAGCCAACUCUAGUCAGUCCACCAAACAAUCGGAAACCCUUCACAACGAAGUGAUUUAUCUGUUGAUUGAAAUUAUGCGCAAAUGUUGUCAAUACAAUAGCAAAAUACGUUUAAUAACUCUGGAGAUGAGUGUCUUAUUGCUGAAGCGACUGGUGAUGAGGAACGGGACGAGUAUACUGUCUGACCAUCACUUGGCUGUCUUAGAACAGGCCAAAGAGGAGGCGAUUCUGAUUCUCAGGAACUUCUAUAAGAGCGAAGAGGAACUCCUAUUCCUGGAUAUGUUUGAAGACGAAUACCAACAGCUCCUCAAACGGCAGCUCAACGUCGAGUACCUGAUGAUGGACUCGAAGCUACUGUUGCCGCCCAACCAGUUGACGCCACUCAUGAUGACUGGCAUCGAGUUUAACCGACGCCUUCCCUGCGCUGAUGUCGAGCGCACCCGAUAUGCCAUUCAAGUGUUCUUCUUAUUGAGGAAUCUGUCGCUAUGUCUGAGGGAUGAGACGGAAACACUACUCCCACUCACUAACUAUGACUCGUGUAUUAAAGUGGAACAACUGCUCGACUUAAACAACAGUGAUCUGAUCGCCUGCACUGUUCUGAACAGAGAUCAGCCAAAGAUGCGGCGCUUUAUGGUCAUAGACUCGCAGCAACUGGUGCUCAUCGAACCCGACACCAAACGGUUGGGUUGGGGUAUCGCGAAGUUCGUGGCCUGGCUUCAGGACGUGGAGGUAUCGGCCGACAAAGACGACUCCCGUUCCCUUCACAUACAGAUCCGACAGUGCGCUCAAACAACGGCUGUCCGGCGCUCUCAACUGAACGCAAAGUUCGUGUUCGACGACCACAUCAGGUGUUUGGCCGCCAAACAGAGGCUUACGAAAGGCCGGGUGCGCGCCCGACAGCGCAAAAUGCAUCAAAUCGCACGACUCAUCGAAAUGGGCACCACCGGCGCCACUGACUGCUCGCAGGGCUCCCGCCCCUCAUCCGUGUCGGCCAACAGUCGCGACAUUCCUCGCAGUCAUUCCACUCACGACGGCCUCACGAAACGACACUUACAUAAGACAUUAUGUCGCGGACCAGCCAUUCCCGGGUCGGCCGCAGUAGUGGCCGAAUACCAGCCCAACAAACAGCAUCUCAAGCCGUCGCUACACCGGCGCCGCUCGGCUUCAUCGACGUCUACCUCUCCCAACGGCCCCCACAGUAGAGACUCGUCUCCCCGACCGACGCUCGCGGACGCGGAAGAGAUGAUACCUCUGGAAGACAUGUCUCCGAAAUCCAGUCGUCGACACAAUCGAUCGAAAUCGGAGAACAGAUCACAAAAUAAUGCAUUGGUUUUGGGCGACAAAUGCGAUAGAGUUUAG